ACUCGAUCCACGGCCGCCACGGCGGUUAGGCCUAGCGCAAGCGGUGCCGAUCCCGCCCGUGUUACGGAUGCCUCCGGCGAGUUUGAAGCGGCCUUAGAAUACGUGAGUGCGUCGGAAAAGAAGAUUGGACAUUUCCAAGCUGAGGAAAGAGCGCAUGAUGGGGUGUCAUCAUUCAUUACUGAUUUGGCAGCGCUCAACAUUCUUGUGAGCGGCGCGACUUGCCCAACAUGCCAGCGCUCAGAACUUCGUGUCCGGGAACCGGCCACGAAGCGCAAAGGACUCGCUUCGUUCCUGGAGCUGCAGUGCGAGAACUGUGCGUGCCCAAAAAGUGUUCUUUCCGCAACUUAUACAUCGCGGCGAGUUGCGGCGUGCAGGGACACCAGCAGAGGUGCGCGCCGAGACUAUGACAGCGGGAGCUCGCGUGAAAGCUUCGCCAUCAACGUCAAAGCUGCUGUGGCGGCCCGUUCGAUAGGAAUUGGGUAUGAGCAGCUAGUGCGGUUUUCAUCAGUGAUUGGACUUCACAAACCGAUGCAUCACAAAUCUUUCGCUGCAAUCAGCCGGAAGGUACACGAUGCUGCGAUGAGUGCAGUCUCCGAAAAUCUCCGGAAAUCGCGGGAGAUUACAAAGAGAGAUGCCGGCGGGGAUAAUAUUGCUGUGAUGUAUGAUGGCACAUGGCAUAAACGCGGCCAUAAAAGCCACAACGGCAUUGGGACAGUUGUUUCCCUGGACACCGGCCUUUGCCUGGACUUCGAGGUCCUUUCGAACUACUGCCUUGCCUGCAGCCGGCACAGGGUCCUGCCAGAUGAGGAAGAAGAAGUCUGGCAGGCAUUUCAUGGCCCUGUGUGUGAAAAGAAUGUAGACUGUUCGUCCCAUGCUAUGGAGACAGAAGCAGCAGUGCGUAUAUGGCAGAGGAGCCGAUCUUACGACACACCACUGUAUUUCAGAAAGUUUCUUAGCGACGGGGACUCAAAAGCCUAUGCAGCAGUGGUAGAGGCCAAUGUCUACAGUGGUGUCCUUAUUGAAAAAGAAGAUUGCACUAAUCACGUGGCAAAGCGCCUCGGAACCGCUCUCCGGAAGCUAAAAGAACCCCUGCCAAGAGGAGAGAAACUGAAGGAGCCUGCUAUCCUAAAGCUGCAGACCUACUAUCAGGUUGCUAUUACUAGCAACAGGGGCAGCGUGAAAGGAAUGUAUAGAGCAAUUUGGGCCUCAUAUUUUCAUUCAUGCUCAUCCGAUGGUGCUAGCAGCCAUAAGUAUUGUCCAGAAGGAGCAACAUCCUGGUGCAAGCACCGGCGUGCUGAAGCGUUGGGUGAGCCUGCACUAACCCACACACCGCUACUGACCAAGGCCCAGGGAAAGGCAAUACUGCCGAUCUACAAGCGGCUCACCGAUGAGAAGUUGCUGGCCAGGUGCAUCCAAGGCAAAACCCAAAAUGCCGCGGAGUCAUUGAAUAGCAAGAUAUGGCUUCUGUGCCCCAAAACGAGAUUUGCCUCACGGUAUGUAGUGGAAAUGGCUACUGCCUUGGCUGUCCUCUGGUUCAACAGAGGGCACACCAGCUUUGAGCGUGUCCUCGAAGAACUAGGCGUGCUUCCAUCUGAAAGUCUGGUGGAGCUUGGCACAUCCAAAGACAUAGCAAGGCAGAAAAAAAUGUCCUUGAAGCUGACUGCGGAAGCGAGAGCAAAUCGCCGCACACUGACAAAAAAAGCACGUGUUGAGGAGUGCACUCGCAAGCGCCGUGAGGGAGAGACAUACGCUGCAGGAAGUUUCUAGUGGCAGUCGCUGUUU